AUGCCUUCCUUAGACUCUCUUGAUUCCUUCCUCUUUUCUCUCAGCUCAGAAUUUUCUUCUCCUUUCGGAUAUUUCAUUCAAAUUCAGGGAUGUGUAAUCUGCUUAAUCCUAGCUUUUGGAUGGCUUGCAGCUGCUUAUGUUAGGAGAAGAGAGAUAGUAAGAAUAAAGAGGAGUAUAAAGAAUGGAAAUAACUUUGCUUUCAUUUGUCAUGAUAUCAAUGAACUUGAGCAUUCCAAUCAGGUCAAUUUGCCAAGAGUAACCGUAAUUAUGCCUCUAAAAGGAUUUGGUGAACACAAUCUCCAUAACUGGAGGACACAGUUCACAUCUCUAUAUGGUGGUCCUCUAGAAUUUAUUUUGGUGGUGGAAAGUACAGAGGAUCCUGCUUACCAUGCUGUAUCAAGACUCAUAUCAGAAUUUGAGGGUUCUGUUGAUGCUAGAGUACUUGUGGCUGGUUUGUCAACAACUUGCAGUCAAAAAAUUCACAAUCAAUUGGUUGGAGUGGAGUCAAUGCAUAAAGAUAGCAAGUAUGUACUGUUUUUGGAUGACGAUGUUCGGCUACAUCCUGGAUCAAUUGGAUCACUCACUUUUGAAAUGGAAAAGAAUCCUGAGAUAUUUAUUCAAACUGGAUAUCCUCUUGAUUUGCCAUCUGGAAGUUUAGGAAGUUACUGCAUCUAUGAAUACCAUAUGCCAUGUUCAAUGGGAUUCGCCACCGGUGGAAAAACAUUCUUUUUAUGGGGAGGGUGCAUGAUGAUGCAUGCUGAAGAUUUUAGGCAAGAUAACUUCGGUGUAGUAUCCGAACUUAAAAAUGGUGGAUAUUCUGAUGAUAUGACUCUUGCAGCCAUAUCUAGUGCUCAUAAAAAACUCAUCACUUCUCCUCCGGUUGCCAUCUUUCCUCAUCCACUUGCAAGUGAUCUUAAUUUUGCACGGUACUGGAAUUAUUUGAGGAAACAGACAUUUGUUUUGGAGUCGUACACCACAAAAGUUAACCAUGUGAUGAACCGCACAUUGUUUGGCGUUCACUGUUAUUUGUCAUGGGGAUUUGUAUUCCCGUACUUUAUGGCAAUAGUUCAUGUUGCAGCAGCAAUACAGUUUCACUAUAAAGGAUACUCUCUUGAUGAAACGAUCUACAAUUUUAACGGGUUAUCACUGGUGUACUUUCUAUUCGUAUGCACUUUUCUUGAGCUUCUUUCAAUGUGGAACUUGACAAGGAUAGAAGUUCAACUUUGCAAUGUUUUGUCACCAGAGGCACCUCCACUUUCUAUUAUUAACUAUAAUUGGUGUCUUAUUUUCAUUGCUAUGUUGGUGGAUAACUUUCUAUACCCUAUAUCUGCAAUUCGUUCUCAUUUCUCUCAAUCUAUUAAUUGGUCUGGUAUUCGAUAUUACUUGAAAAACGGGAAAAUCUACAAGAUAGAUAGAACUCCAACAAACAAAGAUAUGCCUCCAGUAUUCACAGACUUGGCAGGAAAACUUCUAUAUGGAAGGAUAGGGUUUCCUUUAAAAGAAUCUUUCCUGAGUUCAUUAUCCAAAACUUUUGCAAAAUGGCGUCAACCAAAGCGAUCUGAAUAA